AUGGGUGCUGGAUAUAAGGUUCCUACUAUGCAUGCCCUUCGUGGUAAUUUGUUAAAUAAGUGGGUUGAUGACGUGAAGAUACCGAUAGAGCAAUAUCGUUCUAUUUGGAAGGAUACAGGUUGUACUCUUAUGGAAGAUGGAUGGACUGAUCGUUGUAGAAGAACUCUUAUCAACUUUUUAGUUUAUUUCCCCAAAGGAAUUGUUUUCAUAAAGUCUGUUGAUGCCUCUGGUGCUUCUAAAACUGCAGAAACAUUGUUUAAGCAUUUCAAGGAAGUAGUGUUGUAUGUUGGCCAGGAAAAUGUUGUUCAAGUCGUUACAGAUAAUGCUACGAAUUAUGUUGCUGCUGGAAAGUUGUUGGAAAGGGAGUUUCCUAAGUUAUUUUGGUCUCCUUGUGCAGCACACUGUAUUAAUUUGAUGUUGCAAGACAUGGGGAAAUUAAAGGAAGUAAGUGAGACAGUGUCACAAGCUUCAAAAAUUACCAAAUACAUAUAUAAUCAUUGUUUUGCUUUGUAUUUGAUGAGACAACAUACAGGUGGAAGAGAAAUACUUCGUCCUGCUCCAACCCGCUUUGCUACUAAUUUCAUUGCAUUGCAAAGUAUUCUGUCUCAUAAAGAUGCACUAAGAGUCAUGGUAACAUCCAAAGAGUGGACAACCACAACUUAUUCCAAAGAUUUCAAGGCAAAGCAAUUUGUGGAACAAGUCUUAGACUCAAGCUUUUGGUCUAAAUGUGCUGACAUAGUGAAAAUUACAGAACCUCUUGUACGUGUGUUGCGUAUUGUUGAUAGUGAAGAUAAGCCGGCUAUGGGAUAUCUCUAUCGAGCUAUGUAUAAAGCAAGAGAGGAGAUUGAGAAGAGGUUUAGAAGAAAUAAGUUGAAAGUAGAGCCUUAUUUGAAGAUCUUGGAUAAUCGUUGGGAUGCACAACUUCGGAAAAAUCUCCAUGCUGCUGGUUAUUGGUUAAAUCCAUCUUGUAGAUUUGGUCUGGAAUAUGAAAAAAACAAGUCCACCACCCAAGGCCUUUUGGAUGUCAUUGAAAAGUAUGCUUAUGAUAGUAAGGACUUGCGAUCUAAAUUAACUGCUGAGAUGAAUUCAUUCAAAAAUUGUGAAGGUAGUUUUGGAAGGACAACAGCAGUAGAAAACCGAGAUGAAGUUUUGCCAGAUCAAUGGUGGGACACUUAUGGAACCGAAGCACCGAAUUUGCAAAAGUUGGCUAUUCGGAUUUUGAGUCAAACCUGUAGUGCAUCUGGUUGUGAACGAAAUUGGAGUGUGUUUGAACACAUUCAUUCAAAAAAUAGAAAUAGAACCAAGAAGAAACAAAAUUAUGAUCCUAUUAAUUUUGAAACAUUUGGUGAUCAUUCUAAUUGGGUGUUGGAGGAUUCCCCACCAUUAUUGACUAUUGAGGAGGUGGAAGCGCUACGCAAAGAUCUUGCUAGUAUGACAAUCCAACCUAUUUCAAAUGAUAUUGGUAUGGAUUCCCCACCAUUAUUGACUAUUGAGGAGGUGGAAGCGCUACGCAAAGAUCUUGCUAGUAUGACAAUCCAACCUAUUUCAAAUGAUAUUGAUGCACCACUUAACUCCGGAGAAAACAACCAAAGUAAUGAUAUCAUUGACGGGGAAGAUGUUGCAAAUGCAAUUGAUUUUGCCGGAGAUGGUUUUGAUAUUGAAGGAGAUCCCAACAUUGAGAUAAUUUUACCUCCUUGGAACUAA